CGGAGUCGUGCCGGCCGGCUCCCUCCCUCUCUGCUCUCAGUUCCCUCCCCUUGGAGUCAGGUCGGCCUGCUCCCUCCCUGGGGGGGUUGCCAGGCCGGGUUGCCUAGGGCGCCCACCUGACCCGGCCCUGCCUUUACUACACAUUAUGUGAAGGCAAAUGCACCCCUCUUCCCUACCCUACGCGAUUUUUAUUUAUUUAUUUCCACAAGCUGCCCCAUAUUCUGCCUCAUAUUCUGCCUCAUUUCCCUCGUGUCCCACUCAUGCGUACUAAUGGACAACAUUUCAGUACGUUUUCAUAUACAGUCAGUGACAGGCUGACAGACAGCUGAGGGCAAUGACAGACAGCUGAGGGCAAAACAUUAACAGCUAAAUCCGCCCGCCCGCACUAGAUUUACAGUCUUCCGCAACGUCAACCACAAGGACGAUGAAAGCGUUUUCUGGAUUCUGAUUGGCUAACGAGGUGAUGAUCUGUCAUGUGACUGUGGUGUGUUCUUUCUGCAGUCAGUAUUGCUGCUGCUAGCACCGAGUGCGGAUGUUGCGCUUCGUCAUGGAGCCUUGCGCGUGUCCUGCCGCCUUGUUUUUGCUGCUGAGUGCAGCAGUGCUUUUGGGAGCCACGGCUUUUGAAGUGGAAAUAAAAGAUGACAAAAAUGCAACAUGUAUAUAUGCAAAGCUCUCGGUGAAUAUAACAGUACAGUAUGAAACGAAUACCAGCAGCUCGAAAAACGUAACCUUUCCAGUGCCCAGCAAAGUGACCACAAAUGGAAGCAGUUGCGGCUCAGAUAGCGAGGCUCCUAUACUAGUCACUCACUUUGGGAACAGUCACUCGUGGAGCUUAAACUUCACCAAAAACGAAAGCACGUACAGUGGGAGCGCCCUCAUCUUUACUUACAACACAAAUGACACCACUUUAUUUCCGGAUGCUCUGAGGAAAGGGUUGCUUAGCUCUCCUGCCACAUUCCUGGGUCCUGUCCCUCUGAACUCAACCUAUAAAUGUAUUAGCAGUGAAGUUGUAGUCGGCAAGAACGUCACGCAGAUUAUCUAUGAUGUCAAACUUGAAGCGUUCGUGCCAAAUGGUACACUUGGUAAAGAGGUCACUUGCGAUGCUGAUAAACCAUAUCCGUCACCAUCUCCCACACAACCCUCUACAACAGCCAGCACUACUACACCAGCUCCCACCUCCAAACCUCUAGAUAAUCCCACCACAGGCAACUAUACAGUAUCGGAUGUUAAUGGGACAUGCUUGCUUGCUUCCAUGGGGCUCCAGAUUAAUACAUCUUUGCUUUCUGAAGGCGAAAACAUCUGGACACCAUUCAACAUAGACCCCUGGGUUAUAAAGAGUAACGGAACCUGCACCAAUCAGACUGGCACUUUGAUUCUUACAGAAAACAGCACUAUAAUAGAAUUUACCUUUGCUCUUAAGAACAAGAACCAUUUCUACUUAGAGGGAGUGAAUGUCACCCUAAUAAAUGGCUCAGCAUUUUCUUACAGACAAAAUCAAAAUCUGAGUGAUUGGGAAGCUUCUGUAGGAAGUUCCUACAUGUGCCACAAGGAGCAGCAAAUUAAAGUUUCAGAAGAUCUGUUCAUUAGUGCUUUUGACGUAAGAGUCCAGCCUUUCGGCGUACAUAAUGGAACUUUUGAUACAGCUCAGCAAUGUUCGCUUGAUGAUGACUCCAUUGUAAUCCCAAUCGUAGUUGGUGCUGCCCUCACAGGCCUAAUUGUCAUUAUUGUGGUUGCUUACUUAAUUGGUAGAAGAAGAGGCUAUGCCGGAUACCAAACCCUGUAAAUGUCUCAUCUGCACUUAUCACUCAUCACUUUUUUUUUUUUUUUUUUUUAAAUUAAAGCAAAAGUACAUUUCUAUACUGGAAUCCAGUGUCCAACUCUCAGCUCUUCAAUUACGAUGCUCUCUCAGAAUUGUAUUCCCCCCCUCCCCCAUUUUCUCAAAAAUAAUCCGAUUAAGCUGCUAAACCGAUGUAUUCUAGAAGGGAAGACGUCCUUUGAAUUUUGGCCUUUCCUUACUUCUUUUCAUGUUCAUCAUUGGCACUUAUUUCAGGUAGCAUUCCAAGAGUUAUAGUAAUAAAAGGCGUUAAGUUUGCCCAGGAGCAGUAACCCGUAGCAACCAAUCAGCAGGAAGCAUUUACUGGUCACCUGUUUAAAAUGCAAACAUCUUAUUGGUUGCUGUGGGUUAAUGCUCCUAGGCAAACUUAGUGCCUUUUAUUACAUGUGGGGGUAAGAACACAAAAUAAAUACCUAGCCUUCUGUAAAUGAUUCGCUCUUUUUCUAUCUCUUCAUAUCUCAUUUGUUCUCUUUCUAUUUAAUUCUAAAUAAUACACCAGUUAUCACUGCCCCUAGGUGGAUUUACAUUGCAAAAUCUAGCCUGGCUAUUUCUGGGCCUAUGUGCAUUUUUUCUAAUAUAGUAUCAAAGCUCCCAAAACGGCACCCAUGAAUAGCCGUCAGAUGCAGCUGAUUUUUGUAAGGGCGAUGCAAACCCCUAUAAUUUCUACCUAUGCUAUAGACCUCAUAUCCACAGGAUAUCCCAGGAUGCAAUUAAGUUCUGCACUUCAAAUGUGCUUUAAAAGGGACAAUAAGCUGCUUAAUUAAACUAAGGAUUUUC